AUAUAAUCUCCGAUGCACUGAAAAUGUGCCCAUUUCGCCGUCAUGUAAAUAUUAUUUAGAUUUAUUCUAUUUUCAACAAUAAAGGAAAGUAAAUCAUUUUUAAAGGCUAUUAUUUAUUAUUCUCAAGUUGUAUUACUUACAUCACGAUUUUAAGUUAUCUUUAAACAUUAUACCCGUUAUACAAAUCUUUAUUUUCCGUUGCGCAGAAAUUAUGUCCAUUAAUUUGACCGUUCAUUUAGAAUCUGAUAUAUUCACUACCUAAAUCAAAUUAAACAUAUAUAAUAUAUGUUAAAAAUAUAACCAAUACCAACAGAGUUAUGAAAAGUAUGACAACAAUACAAUGAAUGCUGCGGUAUAGAUGGAUACCGAAAAUAAGCUAAUUUCGCGAAAAUAAGAUCGCCGCUACUAUGAAUGGAAUCCGGGUCAGCUCGGCCCUAAAACGUACUCGGCCCCCGAGUCAGCUCGGCCCUAUUCCAACUCGACACGGGUCAACUCGGCCCACUUUUCAAUUAUUAAUAUUUAGGUUUGUGUUAACACUACUUAUUGUAAUUAUUGUAAUUAUUUAUAAUACACGGAUUGACAGUUUCGAACUAGCAGCAGACAAGCUUUUCUUAUCAGUAGAAUUGCGAGUAAAGAUAAACGAUUCUGUUCUGUUCUUUAUUACUUUAACUAGAUAAUGCACAGACAAGGUCUUUCUAUUUGAUAGAAGAGAAAAAAAAACGUAUGACACGUGUAAAUAAAUUUCGGCAACAAUCAAUGCGCUUAUACGGAAGAUUUAAUUAGAAGCUUAAGAUAUUAAGUAAACACGUUUUUGUUUCAUUUUUUUAAAUAUUACUUUACAAACACAUUUUAUUAGAAUUUAGAUCUAUAUUAAUUUUAUCGAAUCUGCAAGACAGAUAAAUAACUUUUUUUUCUAAAUAUACUUUAUUUCAGAAGAAGUACAAUGUAUAAUUAUAUAAUAAUAAGAUAUUUCUUAUUAUUCAUUUACCUUAACAACAUGCAAAGCAAAGUUAAUAUGUUAUAUAUAUUUUUGUAAAGUGGCCCUAUUUGACCCGUGCCGAGUUGACCCGUGCCGAGUUGGUAUAGGGCCGAGUUGACUCUUUUCCUAUGAAUGCUGGUAAUAAAAACUUGAUUUUAGUUCGUAUCUAGUUCUGUAUCUUCAAAAAAUGACUUUAUUCCUCACAUACUUAUGCAAAGUCAAAAAAUGCAUUGCUAACGUACAAAUUUAUUAUUUUUUGCACCCAUUGUGCUCGUUGCGCCAAAAUAUCUCCAUUAUGUAUUUUAGUAGUACCAAUCGACGAGGUGUUCCGAGUGCAAAGAAUACUCUUCACAAAUAAAACAAAAAAUAUCACGGUAAAUCAAGGCGCUGAUUACAAAUGUGUAAAAUGAUUUGAUAGCGCAUUUUUACAGAUUUGUGGAACACACACACAAUGCGGGCACAAUGUAUCAUUUGUCAGGAACUGUUUGAGAAUGAUGAUCAGGUGAUAUCGGCAAUUAGUUGUGGUCAUACAUUUCAUAAUCAUUGUUUGAACCAGUGGUUAGAGAAUGGUAGGACGUGCCCUAGCUGUCGUGUACAGGUUGAUAAGAGAAAGAUCAUCGAAAGAUUAUAUUUUGAUGCACCUGAAGAUAAUGACGGUGUUGUAGAUGAUGGAAAACUGCAAAAUGAGAUAGACAGACUUAAAUUAGAGGUUAGAAAACGAGACAAAGAAAAAAAUGAUAUAGUGAAGGAAAAGGGGAAACAAGAUGAUAGGAUUGAGGAGCUACAGAAAGCCAGAGAUAGAAUGUCUAAACUGCUUAAAGAGGAACAGACUAAAGUCAGUGCUCAUCUGAAGACGUUGAAGUAUUAUGAGAGCCAACAGAAAUCAUUGGAUCUGGAACGACAGGAGUACCGUAAAAUCAAACAGAAAUUAGUGACACUACAGAGCCUUGAAGUCCUGCUUAAUGGUGCCGAAUCUGACGCAGCUGAUAUCAUUUCCAGUGCCGGGGAAGGUGGGAGUGCCGUCCAACAUUUGUCAAGGCAAGUGGCAUUUAUGAAGCGUGAAUAUGAGAAACUAAAAUUAGAAAAACGUCAAAUGAAGGAACAUUACGAGAAAAUUCAACAGACAGAUAUGUCGAAAAAUAAGAAAAUUAAUGAUCUAACUAAACAAUGUGCAAUAUUUCAGGAGCAGUUGGAACGCUCAGAAGGUGAUCUUAAACUCUCCGAAAAAGAGGUUGAAAUGUUAAAAAACAAAAACAGGAAGUUACGAGAUAGACUUAAAUCAGCAAUAAGUCCUAGUUCUAAUCCAGGGAGUUCAAGUUUUACAAAUUUAUUGGACGAGAGUAUGAAACUGCAGGCAUUUUCUGCAUCGACACCAAAAUUAGAACACCCGGAGGGUAGCCAGAAUAUUGACUUGGACUUGACACCAGACUUGUUCACAUCACCUGUUCAAAAUACACAAGCUGAGCAUUCCGAGAAGCCCAGUUCUUCCUGUGAUACUGCUUUAUCUGAAAGGUCAUUUGGAAAAUCCCAGAAAAGAUCGCGUGAUAGCGAAGACACAGAAAACCAGGAACAAACAAAAUACCUCAAAAUAACGUCUGCAGCGGAGAAAAAUGCUCAAAAGUUGAAACGUAUCAAAAGUGAAAGUGCUAUCAAAGGUUCUAAUUCUAUAACAACAUUAGCUUCCAUGAAUAUAUUUAAGAAACGUGAACUUGGGGAGCGCAGUAACAAUCAACGUAGCAUUAUACAGAAGGGUUUUGACGGCCUUGGGGGUCAUACUACGCAUAUAAACCCUAUUGGAAACCCUUUUAAAAAGCCGACGGUCAAGAAAAGCUCUAGUCAAAGUAAACUGUCCAAGUUCAGUAAAACACCAUCGUUACCAAAACUUGAUAACUUUGUGAUUAUUGAUGAUUAG